GGGCAUUAUGUGCCGCCAAGUAACGGAGCGCGGACGCGGAAUAGAGCGUAUCGCGUGUCGUCUCCGCGACUUCCUCGGAGAGACUCCGAAGAAACGGCGAGGAAAACGCGGCAGUCGCGUGUCGACCGGCAGACAGGUCGGUGUGCAAAUCGUGCGAGCGACGUCAUAUUUACCUCUCUUCGAUCGACGCGACUUGACAGCCUUCACCGGUAUCGAUGACUAAAAAGACUUGCGAAAAGAAAGAUCCGCAUGCGUGCAUUGAUAUCUGGAUCUUUAAGAAACUUCUGAACUCUUGACGCUACCGUCGAUUCGAGCAAAAUUGCAUCGAUCAUAAUGUAAGGUUAUGGUAAAUUCAAGAUAAUGUCUGUCUAAUCGCGUCGUCGAAAAUGUUGAUCUGAUUAUUGAUCGAUGGAACAAUCGCUCGCUAACACUUAUGACCAACUGACAAAUCGCGUGCGAUAAAUAAAUGUUUUUUUUUUCAUUACUGUUCGGUGAAUGAACUUUGGAAUGAUUCAGUGAAUGGACUUUUACAAGUGGUCAUUGCUGAAGAGUGGCCAAUGACGACGCCUUACUUUUCGAUGGAUCGCACGUGAUCAACGAGAUCACGUAAGACGUCGUCCGAUCGUCACCGAGAAAAACUCUGGAGAAAAAGCCUGAUUUCGAAAGGAACGACAGGAUGCUGAAGGAGAACAUGUGGCGGCAGAGGAGAGUGCCUGUUCCCAAGAGAACAAUCGAGCUGGUCGCUCUGGUAGCGAUCUCCAGUACACUCUUCCUUUUUCUGCACACGAGAGAUUUGCAUUCGCGCCUGAAAAAAAUGGAAGUGCGUCUUCAACCAGGAGAGGAUGAUGUACUUUCGGCAAACCAGCUAUCAUCCGGUGUUCAAACGGACUUUAAUCCAAGCGGGAUUGUCCAUUACUCAAACGUGCAACGUACCAUUACAGGGAAGUACGAAGAGGAAACGCUGGACAUCGACGCUCUGAACAAUACGAAGAGAGCCGACCGGCAGGUCCUAUUCUUCAAUCGCGUGCCAAAGGUUGGCUCGCAAACCUUUAUGGAGUUGCUGAGGCGGUUGUCGAUAAGGAACGCAUUUUCGUUCAACAGGGACCGCGUGCAGCGAGUCGAGACGAUACGUCUCGCACCGUUCGAACAGCUCCAGCUCGCCAGGAUGGUCAGCAGUUAUGCGGAGCCGUCUGUUUACGUGAAGCAUGUCUGCUUCACUAACUUUACAGAAUUCCAUCUUCCGGAGCCGAUUUACAUCAACAUAGUACGUGAUCCCGUGGAGAGGGUCAUAUCCUGGUAUUAUUACGUAAGAGCGCCGUGGUAUUACGUGGAGAGGAAGCAGAUCUUCCCGGAUCUACCGCUGCCCGACCCCAAUUGGCUCAAGAAGGACUUCGAGUCAUGCGUUCUUAAAGGCGAUCGGGAGUGCAGAUAUCUGCAGGGCGAGAUUCACGAGGGCAUCGGCGAUCAUCGCAGGCAAACGCUCUUCUUCUGCGGCCACAGCGAGAAGUGCACUCCGUUUAAUACCGUGGGUGCUCUGGAGCGAGCUAAAUUGGCGGUGGAAAAGCACUAUGCGGUAGUCGGUGUCUUGGAGGACAUGAACACGACUCUUACGGUGCUGGAAAACUACAUACCACGAUUUUUCCAAGGAGCCACCGAUGUUUAUUACGAUCAAGUAAAUUCAUUCAUGAAAAUCAACCGAAAUUUCUUCAAGCCGCCAGUCAGCGAAGAGGUGAAGAAUCUCGUGCGCAGCAAUUUUACGCGCGAGGUCGAAUUCUACCAAUUCUGCAAGCAACGACUUUAUAGACAAUACAGGGCUCUCAAGUUGAAGUCCAAUGUUCCGUAGCCGACACCAGCGUUCAACAAUCUCAAAAGAGAAUAUUUUUAGUCAAUUAUUGUGCAAGUGCACUUAUUACAACGUAGAAGUGGCAUCACGAAGAAGGACGCAUUUUGAUACAAUUGCAUUAAUUAAUGUGAUUUGAUGAAGCUUUAUGGAAGACAACUUGAAAGAUAGUGAUCUACAAAAAUAUUAUCGUUAAACAACUGUGUAGAAAGGAGAUCGUUAUUUUGCAAUGGACGAGAACUAUAAUAGAUUUUAAAACUAUGCGAGAUUCGCAUUACUGUGUUUUUUUUUAUUAAUUCAGUACGGUAUUAUUAAGAAUCGCUAUUUUAAUAAUGACUGCUCCGAGCCAAAAGGAGCUGAUGGCAUUUUCGAAGAGAACGACUUGUGCACGCAGCGCAAGUUUGAGUUUCACUGAAGAAGAACGAUUCAUCGUUUUAUAUGAAACUUACUAUACUUACUUACUGUGACGUGGAUGCACAAUCCAGAAAUAGAGAUGCUCCCGAUGAGUGUCGAAUAGUCUUUGCGAUCAGACGUCACGCCGCUAUUUAUUAACAGUGCGACUUUUAAAGGCACCAUCAUUUAUGAUUAUCGGAAUAAUUUUUUUGCGGCAACCGAUGGCGUUCGCGAGUGAUUUCUUUCAUCAGCGACACAAAGACUGAUAAAAUCGCGAUAUUUUUAUAUCAUAGAGUACUUAUUGAGAGAAAUGUACAGGGUAACCAUUUUUAAGGUACUGCUUUGUAAGAGGAAACCACGUUUGUACUCUCAUUGACAUACGAUUUUUUUAAAUAUAAAAUGCUGCCAUUUUAAAAGAAACCUCAAUUUUCCUCUUAUUAAAUUGUCUUGCCGUUUAAUUAUUAAUUUAUCUGUUACUGAAUUGAUACUGAGUAUCAAAAUAACACACUUAAUUAGUGUUUAUAAAUUUUAAUAUAAAUAUUCCUUUAAUGUUGUAUUUUUGUAUAGCGAAAUAUUAUCUGUAUACGUUGAAAACGUACGUGCAUCAUUCAGCAUUUAAAUGAAGCGUACGUGCCAAAUCACACUUUCAUCCGGCGACACUGUUCACAACAGAGUUCAGAAAUAGCGCAUUAGUUUUACUUCAAAAAUCUAAAACGAGACUUGUAAAUAUACAAUACGUGAAAUUGGUGCUGUGUUUACUCUUUUUUUCAGCUAACAAGCGAUAUUUCAAAAAUUUUUAUUUAGCAUUUAUAAUUUUAAUACAGAGUGUAAACUUGUUCGCUUUAAGUUAGAUGACUUAUAAAUAAAAUUAAAGAGUUUAAUGCGAGAAAA